AGCAGCGAGGGACAGAGGCGCGGGAGGCGCGCGGAACCAGCCGCAGCCCUAGCCAGAGCCGGAGCCCGCGCCGCCAUGCCCCUGGCCUUCUGCGGCAGCGAGAACCACUCGGCUGCCUACCGGGUGGACCAGGGCGUCCUCAACAACGGCUGCUUCGUGGACGCGCUCAACGUGGUGCCGCACGUCUUCCUGCUGUUCAUCACCUUCCCCAUCCUCUUCAUCGGAUGGGGCAGUCAGAGCUCCAAGGUGCACAUUCACCACAGCACGUGGCUCCACUUUCCGGGACACAACCUGCGCUGGAUCCUGACCUUCAUGCUGCUGUUUGUCCUGGUGUGUGAGAUCGCGGAGGGCAUCCUGUCUGACGGGGUGACUGAAUCCCGCCAUCUCCACCUGUACAUGCCAGCUGGGAUGGCGUUCAUGGCCGCCGUCACCUCUGUGGUCUACUAUCACAACAUCGAGACCUCCAACUUCCCCAAGCUGCUCAUCGCCCUACUAGUCUACUGGACCCUGGCCUUCAUAACCAAGACCAUCAAGUUUGUCAAGUUCUACGACCACGCCAUUGGCUUCUCUCAGCUGCGCUUCUGCCUCACAGGGCUGCUGGUGAUCCUCUACGGAAUGCUGUUCCUUGUGGAGGUCAAUGUCAUCAGGGUGAGGAGAUAUAUCUUCUUCAAGACACCAAGGGAGGUGAAGCCCCCUGAGGACCUGCAGGACCUGGGAGUGCGCUUCCUGCAGCCCUUCGUAAACCUGCUGUCCAAGGGCACCUACUGGUGGAUGAAUGCCUUCAUCAAGACUGCCCACAAGAAGCCCAUUGACCUCCGAGCCAUCGGGAAGCUGCCCAUCACCAUGAGGGCCCUCACCAACUACCAGCGGCUCUGCGAGGCCUUUGACACCCAGGCGCGGAAGGACACGCAGAGCACACAGGGUGCCCGGGCCAUCUGGCGGGCACUCUGCCAUGCCUUCGGGAGACGCCUGAUCCUCAGCAGCACUUUCCGCAUCUUGGCCGACUUGCUGGGUUUCGCCGGGCCACUGUGCAUAUUUGGGAUCGUGGACCACCUUGGGAAGGAGAAUCGGGUCUUCCAGCCCAAGACACAAUUUCUCGGGGUUUACUUUGUCUCAUCCCAAGAGUUCCUUGCUAAUGCCUACGUCUUAGCUGUGCUUUUGUUCCUCGCUCUCCUGCUGCAAAGGACGUUUCUGCAAGCUUCCUACUAUGUCGCCAUUGAAACUGGAAUUAACUUGAGAGGAGCAAUACAGACCAAGAUUUACAAUAAAAUUAUGCACCUGUCCACCUCCAACUUGUCCAUGGGGGAAAUGACUGCUGGGCAGAUCUGUAACCUGGUUGCCAUCGACACCAACCAGCUCAUGUGGUUUUUCUUCUUGUGCCCAAACCUCUGGGCUAUGCCAGUACAGAUAAUUGUGGGUGUAAUUCUCCUCUACUACAUCCUCGGAGUCAGUGCCUUAAUUGGAGCAGCUGUCAUCAUUCUCCUGGCCCCUGUCCAGUAUUUUGUGGCCACCAAGCUCUCCCAGGCCCAGAGGAGCACGCUGGAGUAUUCCAACGACAGGCUGAAGCAGACCAAUGAGAUGCUCCGUGGCAUCAAGCUUCUGAAGCUGUACGCCUGGGAGAACAUCUUCCGCACACGGGUGGAGGUGACACGCAGGAAGGAGAUGACCAGCCUCAGGGCCUUUGCCAUCUACACCUCCAUCUCCAUUUUCAUGAACACGGCCAUCCCCAUUGCAGCCGUCCUCAUCACCUUUGUGGGCCAUGUCAGCUUCUUCAAGGAGGCCGACUUCUCUCCCUCGGUAGCCUUCGCCUCCCUCUCUCUCUUCCACAUCCUGGUCACACCGCUGUUCCUGCUGUCCAGUGUGGUCCGAUCCACGGUCAAAGCUCUAGUCAGUGUGCAAAAGCUGAGUGAGUUUCUGUCCAGUGCAGAGAUCCUUGAGGAGCAGUGUGCUCCCCGUGAGCCUGCACCCCAAGGCCAAGCCAGCAAGUAUCAGGCGGUGCCCCUCAAGGUUGUGAACCGCAAGCGUCCAGUAUGGGAGGAUCGCCGGGGCCUCACGGGGCCGCUGCAGAGGCUGGCCCCCAGCGCAGAUGGGGAUGCCGACAACUGCUGUGUUCAGAUCAUCGGAGGCUUCUUCACGUGGACCCCCAAUGGGAUUCCCACACUGUCCAACAUCACCAUUCGUAUCCCCCGAGGUCAGCUAACCAUGAUUGUGGGGCAGGUGGGCUGCGGUAAGUCCUCCCUCCUCCUAGCCACGCUGGGGGAGAUGCAGAAGAUCUCAGGGGCCGUCUUCUGGAACAGCCUUCCUGACAGCGAGACGGGAGAGGAGGCCAGCCCGGAGCGGGAGACAUCAGCUGACUCGGAUGUCAGGAAGAGAGGCCCCGUGGCCUAUGCUUCUCAGAAACCAUGGCUGCUAAAUGCCACUGUGGAGGAGAACAUCACCUUUGAGAGUCCCUUUAACAAGCAACGGUACAAGACGGUCAUUGAGGCCUGCUCCCUGCAGCCAGACAUCGACAUCCUGCCUCAUGGAGACCAGACUCAGAUAGGAGAGCGGGGCAUCAACCUGUCUGGGGGUCAGCGCCAACGAAUCAGUGUGGCCCGAGCCCUCUACCAGCACACCAAUGUCGUCUUCUUGGAUGACCCCUUCUCAGCUCUGGAUGUCCAUCUGAGUGACCAUCUGAUGCAGGCUGGGAUUCUUGAGCUUCUCCGGGAUGACAAGAGGACAGUGGUCCUAGUGACCCACAAACUACAGUACCUACCCCAUGCAGAUUGGCCAGCCCCUGGACCGGGUUCAUGCCUGCCUUUCCAGAUCAUUGCUAUGAAGGACGGCACCAUCCAGAGGGAGGGCACACUCAAGGACUUCCAGAGGUCUGAGUGCCAGCUCUUUGAGGACUGGAAGACCCUCAUGAACCGCCAGGACCAAGAACUGGAGAAGGAAACCGUCAUGGAAAGAAAGGCCACAGAGCCAUCCCAAGGCCUGCCCCGGGCCCUGUCCUCGAGAGAUGGCCUUUUGCAGGAUGAGGAAGAGGAGGAAGAGGAGGUGGCUGAGAGCGAGGAGGAAGACAACCUGUCGUCGGUGCUGCACCAGCGCGCCAAGAUCCCGUGGCGAGCCUGUGCCAAGUACCUGUCUUCCGCUGGCAUCCUGCUCCUGUCGCUGCUUGUCUUCUCCCAGCUGCUCAAGCACAUGGUCCUGGUGGCUAUAGACUACUGGCUGGCCAAGUGGACUGACAGUGCACUGACCCUGAGCCCCAUGGCCAGGAACUGCUCCCUUAGCCAGGGGUGCUCCCUCGACCAGACGGUCUAUGCCAUGGUGUUCACGGUGCUCUCCAGCCUGGGCAUUGUGCUGUGCCUCGUCACAUCUGUCACCGUGGAGUGGACGGGACUAAAGGUGGCCAAGAGGCUGCACCGAAGCCUGCUGAACCAGAUCAUCCUGGCCCCCAUGAGGUUUUUUGAGACCACACCCCUGGGAAGCAUCCUGAACAGAUUUUCGUCUGAUUGUAACACCAUUGACCAGCACAUCCCAUCCACACUGGAGUGCCUGAGCCGUUCCACCCUGCUCUGUGUCUCAGCCUUGGCCGUCAUCUCCUAUGUCACACCCAUGUUCCUUGUGGCCCUCUUGCCUCUGGCCGUUGUGUGCUACUUCAUCCAGAAGUACUUCCGGGUGGCAUCCAGGGACCUGCAGCAGCUGGAUGACACCACCCAGCUCCCAUUGCUUUCGCACUUCGCUGAAACUGUGGAAGGCCUCACCACCAUCCGGGCCUUCAGGUAUGAGGCCCGGUUCCAGAAGAAGCUCCUCGAAUACACAGACUCCAACAAUAUCGCCUCCCUCUUCCUCACAGCAGCCAACAGAUGGCUGGAAGUUCGCAUGGAGUACAUUGGUGCAUGCGUGGUCCUCAUUGCAGCCGUGACCUCCAUCUCCAACUCCCUGCACGGGGAGCUCUCGGCCGGCCUGGUGGGCCUUGGCCUCACCUAUGCCCUCAUGGUCUCCAACUACCUGAAUUGGAUGGUGAGGAACCUAGCAGACAUGGAGAUCCAGCUGGGGGCUGUGAAACGUAUCCACGGGCUCCUGAAAACUGAGGCAGAGAGCUACGAGGGGCUGCUGGCACCAUCACUGAUCCCGAAGAACUGGCCAGACCAAGGGAAGAUCCAGAUCCAGAACCUGAGCGUGCGGUACGACAGCUCCCUGAAGCCUGUGCUGAAGCACGUCAAUGCCCUCAUCUCCCCAGGACAGAAGAUUGGGAUCUGCGGCCGCACAGGCAGUGGGAAGUCUUCCUUCUCUCUCGCCUUCUUCCGCAUGGUGGACAUGUUCGAAGGGCGAAUCAUCAUUGAUGGCAUCGACAUUGCAAAACUGCCACUGCACACCCUGCGCUCUCGCCUCUCCAUCAUCCUUCAGGACCCUGUCCUCUUCAGCGGCACCAUCCGAUUUAACCUGGACCCAGAGAAGAAAUGCUCUGACAGCACGCUGUGGGAGGCCCUGGAGAUCGCCCAGUUGAAGCUGGUGGUAAAAGCACUGCCAGGAGGCCUUGAUGCCAUCAUCACAGAAGGUGGGGAGAAUUUCAGCCAGGGCCAGAGGCAACUGUUCUGCCUGGCUCGGGCCUUCGUGAGGAAGACAAGCAUCUUCAUCAUGGAUGAGGCUACAGCAUCCAUCGACAUGGCCACGGAAAACAUCCUCCAGAAGGUGGUGAUGACAGCCUUCGCAGAUCGCACUGUGGUCACCAUUGCGCACCGCGUGCACACCAUCCUGAGUGCAGACCUGGUGAUCGUCCUGAAGCGUGGCGCCAUCCUUGAGUUUGACAAGCCAGAGAAGUUACUCAGCCGGAAGGACAGUGUCUUCGCCUCCUUUGUCCGCGCAGACAAGUGACCGGUCGCGCCCAAGUGCCAUCCCCCACUCCUGCUCCGCCCCUCAACUGGGCUUUCUAACUGUAAAUCACUUGUAAAUAAAGAGAUUGAU